AUGACGAAGAUUCGAGCUCGCGAUCUCCGCAACCUGAAGAAAGACGAUCUAGUCAAGCUGCUUGCUGAGCAGAAGACUGAGCUCGCUUCACUCUGGGUUUCGAAGGUCACAGGUGGUGUUGUUGCUAAACUGAAAAAUUCUUGUAGUCCGUAA